CCGAUUGGCUAAAACGGACUAGCGCAUUCUUAGCUUCGUUGAUCCAGCGGUUUACAAUUGUCGCCGUCGCAAGUGACAAGGCCAGUUUUAGAAGCAUACAACCACAUACACUCUCCACAUUUCAAAUCUCAUAUUCCUCAGCACCCCUCACAUCUGGGUACUUUUCAAAUUCUCUAAUAAUUUUCCACAGUACUUGUACUUUCCAAUCUGCCGUUUACUAUUAAUUGAGCACUUUUCUGGGUGAACAGCGCCUCUGCGCAGAUAGCUUACCCACUACAUUGGGUCAACAAUUAAAAGAGGUCAUUUUCCUUUGAUCGCAUAGAUUCAGAGAUCAUUAAAGAUGGGUCCACUCCCAAUCAAGUUUACGGAGCUUCUCCAGGUAUGAUAUAAGGUCUAGAUGUGGUGAAUUGUUGAUUUGUGUUUACUGACUUUAAUUUAGUUAACAAGUGUCGGAGUUGAGGUAUGUACCAGCCACAAACACAGCUGUUUUUACCAGCUCUGCCAUGCCAUUUUUAAGCCUUGGUACAUCAUCUCAAUCUGACUUACUAAUUGUUAAUUUGACAGGCGCAAUCGAUAGGUUUUAAUUCAUGUGUAAGUUAUUCCAAUUCAGCUUUGGGCAUGUAUUGAUUAUUUGACCAGACACUGGAGUCAGAUUCAUACAUCUGCGUACGAGAGAAGAAGAACGAAGCCGCACAACCAGAAGUCGUCAUCGUCGAUUUAAAGCAGAACAAUGCUGUCACUCGAAGACCUAUCAAGGCGGAUAGUGCCAUUAUGCACUGGUCGAAACAGGUCAUCGCAUUAAAAGCACAAUCAAGGACCUUACAAAUAUUUGACUUGGGUGCCAAGGCGAAGCUGAAGUCUGCUACCAUGAAUGAAGAUGUUGUCUUCUGGAAAUGGUUCAGUGAGACAAGCUUGGGUUUGGUUACCGACACAACAGUUUACCACUGGGAUGUUUUUGACCCAAAUCAAGCAGCUCCAGUGGAGGUCUUCAAGAGAAAUCCAAACCUUUCUGUAAGUUCUGCUAUUACUGAGGGAGGAAAUGAUAUUGAUGUUUCGUCAGGGAUGUCAGAUCAUCAACUAUCGUGUUAGUGGUGAUGGAAAGUGGAUGGUAGUCGUGGGCAUUACACAACAACAAGGACGAGUGGUUGGAGCGAUGCAACUUUAUUCGAAAGACAGAGGCAUCAGUCAGGCUAUCGAGGGUCAUGCCGCAGCAUUUGGUACACUAAGAUUAGAAUCUGCGCCAGCAGACACGAAAGUGUUCACAUUUUCGGUUCGAACUGCUACUGGCGCAAAGCUACACAUAGUCGAGGUCGACCAUCAAUCUUCAAAUCCACCGUUUUCAAAGAAAGCAGUUGAUGUAUAUUUUCCUGCUGAAGCCGUAAACGAUUUCCCAGUCGCCAUGCAAGUUUCACAAAAAUACAGCAUUAUUUAUCUGGUUACAAAAUACGGCUUUAUCCACCUCUACGAUCUUGAGACCGGUACAUGUAUUUUCAUGAACCGCAUCUCGAGCGAGACGAUUUUCAUUACAGCCGGCGACUCGGAAUCCGCGGGACUUGUUGGUGUUAACCGAAGAGGACAAGUACUGUCGGUAUCUGUUGAUGAAACAACAAUUAUUCCGUACUUGCUCCAAAAUCCUGCAAACUCGGGCUUAGCAGUCAAGCUUGCCUCAAGAGCCGGUCUACCUGGUGCAGACAACCUCUAUGCCAACCAAUUUGAGCAACUUUUGGCUGCCGGAAACUACUCUGAGGCUUCGAAAAUUGCGGCAAACUCUCCCCGCGGCUUUUUGCGAACUCCACAAACUAUCGAACGUCUCAAGAGCUUACCGGCUGUGCCCGGUCAAUUAUCUGUUAUCUUGCAAUACUUUGGUAUGCUGCUUGACAAGGGAUCGUUGAAUAAACAUGAGACAUUGGAGCUUGUACGACCUGUCUUGGCUCAGAAUCGAAAGCAUCUCCUUGAAAAGUGGAUGAAGGAAAACAAGCUCGACUGUUCUGAGGAAUUGGGUGAUAUUGUCCGCCAACAAGAUACACAGCUAGCACUUGCUAUCUAUCUUAAGGCAAAUGUUCCCCACAAAGUUGUUGCUGCUUUCGCCGAGAGUGGUCAAUUCGAGAAGAUCCUACCUUACGCCCAACAAGCAGGUUACCAACCAGACUAUGUCCAAUUACUCCGUAAUAUUAUCUCUAUCAACCCUGAAAAGGGAGCCGAAUUUGCUACUCAGUUGGCAAAUACCGAAGGUGGUUCUCUCGUUGACGUUGAGCGUGUUGUAGACGUAUUUCAGUCUCAAGGAAUGGUUCAACCCGCCACUGGAUUCCUGCUUGAUGCACUGAAGGAAAACAAGCCUGAGCAAGGACACUUACAAACUCGCCUCCUUGAAAUGAAUCUCGCGAAUGCUCCUCAAGUCGCUGAUGCCAUUCUUGGCAACGAAAUGUUCUCUCAUUACGACAAGCCUAGAAUCGCGCAGCUAUGUGAACAAGCUGGCCUUGCUCAAAGAGCUUUGGAACACUAUGAAGACCCCGAGGCUAUCAAACGUGUCAUUGUCAAUAUUGUUGCAUCCCCAACUUUCAGUCAAGAAUGGCUCACUGGUUACUUUGGCCGCUUGUCCCUGGAACAGUCACUGGAUUGUCUUGAUGCUAUGCUCAAAGUAAACAUCCGUCAAAACCUCGGGGCCGUUGUUCAGAUUGCCGUGAAAUACUCGGAUUUACUCGGCCCUGUUAGAUUGAUCGAUCUUUUCGAGAAGUACAAGACUGCUGAAGGUCUAUACCAUUACCUUGGUAGCAUCGUCAAUUUGAGUGAGGACCCAGACGUAAACUUCAAAUAUAUUGAAGCUGCCGUGAAGAUGCAGCAGUAUCAGGAGGUUGAACGUAUAUGCCGUGACAGGUUCGUUGCACUAUCGCCCUAUUGUCGCACAGUAUAUGGAGCUAAUAAUACUCUAGUAAUUCCUAUGAUCCGCUCAAAGUCAAGAACUUCUUGAAGGAGGCCAAAUUGACUGAGCAAUUGCCGUUGAUCAUCGUCUGUGAUCGAUUCAACUUCAUUCAUGAGUUGGUACUUUACCUCUAUCAGAACCAACAGUUUCAAUCUAUCGAGGUAUAUGUUCAACGAGUAAACCCUGCACGAACUCCUGCUGUCGUCGGUGGAUUACUCGACGUUGACUGCGAUGAGCAAAUCAUCAAGAAUCUCUUGAAUUCCGUUAAUCAUGCUUCCAUCCCUAUCGAUGAGCUUGUUCAGGAGGUUGAAUCCCGGAACCGCCUUAAGCUUCUGUUGCCAUUCCUCGAGGCCACCUUGGCUGCAGGCAAUCAGCAACAAGCUUUACAUAACGCGCUCGGAAAAAUCUUUAUUGACAGGUACGUACAUCCCUCCACAGUGUUUGGAACAUGAUAGCUAACUAUUGCUUCUAGUAACAAUAACCCAGAGCAGUUCCUCAGGACAAACGAUAUGUACGAUUGCAAAGUUUUGGGCACCUACGCAGCUAAGCGAGACCCGUCGCUUGGUAUGUUUGUUCUUUGUUUCUAUUUUCAUUCUACCAACUGGACUUCCACAGUUUCAUCAUAUACUGCAUCUACACUUGGGGAGGUAGUACCUUCCUCUGAUACUUGGUCAUUCCUUCACCACUAAUCACCCCUUCUUUUUCGACUGCGUCUUCAUCUGAUACCUGGACGGGCCAAUAACAAUGACCGCCCUUUCCCUUUUUGGGCGGGCUUUCUCGUGAUGUUAUGAUGAUGAAGGAUAUCCCUCUUCCACUUGGACAGCCCCCGGAGGCAAUCUCGUAACCAGCCUCGAGCACGUCGUUUCUUGGAACAAGACAUUUUUAUGACAUCUUUGCGUAAUAUGCUCAAAUCGAUAACACCGAUCGUCAUCAUUAGCUUUGCUUGAAUUAGCGUGGUCAAUGUUUGCUACAACCGUCAUCCUUUUUUGAAGAUCAUUGUUACCUGUUACAUUCUCUCUUCUGGAAUGGAACGAUGGCUAGCUGUACAAUAAGCAUUUGCUCGACGACUGGAAAGUCCUUUCGGGGAUGACUACGCUUGUCCCUCCUGCCGUUACAUUGUCUCAUAUAUACCUGAGCAUUGUUGACACAUAUUUGCUCGACAUAAACGAACGGUGCUCGCUCAAUUUACGUACCGGAUCCUCACCGUAUAUCAUUCACUCCACUAUCACUCAUUCUUUCUCCUAGAACUGGACAAUCUUAACACACAUGCUCCACACAAAGAAAUCGGUAGUACCGUUUUUGCUCGAUUUGCUGAAUUUCUUCCGAGGCCCUAAUGAAUUUUUUGCUAACCAAUUAAAAGCUAUUAUCGCAUUUAGUAAAGGUCAGAACGAUCUUGAACUCGUCAACAUCACCAAUGAAAAUUCUAUGUACAAAGCUCAAGCUCGCUACCUCCUGGAAAGAGCUGAUAACGAAUUGUGGGGGUUCGUCUUGUCUGAAAACAAUAUUCACCGCCGAUCCGUGAUUGAUCAAGUCAUAUCUACAGCUGUUCCAGAGUCGACCGAGCCCGAAAAGGUUUCUGUUGCAGUUGCAGCCUUCCUUAGUGCUGAUCUUCCAGGUGAAUUGAUUGAAUUGCUUGAGAAGAUCGUUCUUGAGCCUUCGCCAUUCAGCGACAAUGAGAGCUUGCAGAAUCUUCUCAUUCUCACCGCCACCAAAGCUGAUAAGAGCAGAGUCAUGGAUUAUAUCCACAAGUUGGAUGCGUAUAAUCCUGUGGAUGUCGCUUCAAUUUGUAUUGAAGUUGGCUUAUAUGAGGAGGCAUUCGAGGUUUACAAGAAGAUUAAUGACCAUAUUAACGCUGUCAAUGUCCUCGUUGAGCAUAUUGUCAGUAUCGAUCGCGCACAAGAUUUUGCGGAACAGGUGGAGAUUCCUGAAGUAUGGAGUAGAGUCGCUAAGGCUCAGUUGGAUGGGCUACGUGUUUCCGACGGUAUCAAUAGCUAUCUCCGAGCAAACGAUCCAAGUAACUACCUCGAGGUUAUUGAAAUUGCUACCCACGCUGGCAAGGACGAAGACCUCAUCAAAUACCUUCGUAUGGCCCGUAAGACUCUUCGCGAGCCUGCCAUCGAUACUGGACUUGCCUUUGCAUUUGCUCGUACUGACCAAUUAAGCGAACUCGAGGACUUCCUCAGGGGAACUAAUGUCGCUGAUAUUGAAGAGUCGGGUGACAAGGCAUAUGCUGAAGGCUUUCACCAAGCUGCGAAGAUCUUCUUCACUAGUAUUUCAAAUUGGGCGAAACUUGCCACCACUCUUGUUCACCUCGAGGAUUAUCAAUCUGCCGUCGAGUGCGCAAGAAAGGCCAAUAAUAUCAAGGUCUGGAAGCAAGUCAACGCUGCUUGUGUUGAGAAGAAGGAAUUCCGUCUUGCCCAGAUUUGUGGUCUCAAUUUGAUCGUUGAUGCUGAAGAGCUACAAAGCUUGGUCAAGCAAUACGAGCGCAAUGGUUACUUUGAUGAACUUAUUGCAUUACUUGAGCAGGGUCUAGGUCUUGAACGUACGUUGCCCGUUAAUUUCUCUACUACUAAUAGCCCGAAACCAUGUACUAAUAUUAUCAUAUUUAGGAUGUCAUAUGGGAAUUUUUACGGGACUAGGUAUUGCCCUUUCCAAGUACCAUCCAGAUCGCACUAUGGAGCACUUGAAGCUUUUCUGGAGUAGAAUCAAUAUUCCAAAGAUGAUUCGUGCCUGCGAGGAAGCCCACCUUUGGCCAGAGUUGAUUUUCUUGUACUGUCAUUAUGAUGAGUGGGAUAACGCCGCUCUUGCAAUGAUGGAGAGAGCUGCCGACGCAUGGGAGCAUCACUCUUUCAAGGAUAUCAUUGUCAAGGUAGCAAAUUUGGAGAUCUACUACCGCGCUCUAAACUUCUAUCUUCAAGAGCAACCAUCUCUCAUUACCGAUCUUCUACAGGCACUUGCACCAAGAAUUGACGUCAAUCGUGUUGUCAAGAUGUUCGAAAAGUCUGACAACAUCCCUCUCAUCAAGCCUUUCCUUCUUAACGUUCAAACUCAGAAUAAGAAGAUUGUCAACGUGGCCAUCAAUGAUUUGUUGAUUGAGGAGGAAGACUACAAGACUCUCCGUGAUUCUGUUGAGAAUUACGAUAACUAUGAUGCCGUCGAGCUUGCUCAACGAUUGGAGAGUCACGAUUUGGUCUUCUUCCGCCAAAUCGCUGCCAAUAUCUACCGCAAUAACAAGCGCUGGGAGAAGUCGAUCGCUCUUUCUAAGCAAGACAAGCUUUUCAAAGAUGCAAUUGAGACUGCUGCUAUCUCUGGCAAGUCAGAUGUUGUCGAGGAGUUGCUUAGAUAUGUAAGUUUGUCAUCCGGUAUUCCUUUUCUUUUGCUAAUGAUUCUCCUAGUUCGUCGAUAUCGGCAGCCGAGAAUGCUAUGUUGGUAUGCUCUAUGCCUGCUAUGAUCUCAUUCCUGUCCAUGUUGUCAUGGAAGUCUCAUGGCGUCACGGCCUUACAGAUUUUACCAUGCCAUUCAUGAUCAACUAUUUGGCUCAACAAAGCUCUACGAUUGCUGAGUUGAAGAAGGACAACGAGGAGAGGAAGUUGAGAGAAAAGUCACAGGUUCAAGAAGAGGACAAUACCCCCAUUCUCGGAGGCAAUCGUCUUAUGAUCACCGCUGGACCAACCGGACGUGCAUCUCCAGCCCAGUUCGGGCACACUAAUGGAUUCGCGCCACAACCGACAGGUUAUGGAGGGUUUUAGACGAUGCUGGAGGAUGAAGAACACGCUUAUACAUAAUGAUAUUGCAUUUGGGUUGCAAGUUUUCUUGAUUUUUCAUCAAACCUGGGUUCGUCGAGAUUUGCAUCUCGGAAUAUUCCAUGAUGAUGACGAUAUAGUUGUAUGCUUGUUGCAACAUUUACUGGGUAGAAUCCUUUUUCCUUCUUCAAGGGAGGACUCGCCAUGUUUGUAACUGAUAGUUUGGGGAGCGUUUAUGGAAGAGUCUGCCUUUAGAUUCUCUGAUGUAUUUCUGCACAAUAUGAUAAAAGCAAAAGCUAGUUUACAUUAAAACGGAAUAAGAAGAGCCGUGCUCGCGCCGUUCCGCUGAUGCCGCCUUGGUGUGUAGGAUCUUAGAUAAGAGUGAGAUG